CUCUUCCGCCGCAAGUCCCUCCCCAAGCCUGCAGAGUGCGCUGCGUUUCGAUGAGCCGGGACGUGGCGCCGCUCUAGCCAGCGUCUGGGCUCUGUGGCUGGCGCCGCAGCUCCGCGUCCCCCGCGCCUCCUCCCAGCGCAGGUGGGUCCGCCCGCGGGGGGCGGGGGUGCCCGGGAGCCGUGGGACGGGCGGGUAGCGGCAACCUUUGGGGAGCAGAGUGGUCCCCAACGCCCAGGUGCCCCGGCUCGCGCUCUGGCCCGGGCGAAUCAGGCUAUAGGAAGGGCCACACGGAUGGAAGUCCUAGUCCGGGUGCUCGCCUCUUGUGGAACGUGCAAAGCCUGCCCCAGGACCUCUUUACACUCUGGGGGUCUCUGCCCAGGCACGCUUGCUGCUUCCGGACACAGCUGUGGGCGGAGCUAGUAGGGGCGGGGCUACGUGAUUGACACUUCUCUCCUCAGACUUCAAGGGCUACCACUGGACCCUUCCCCUGUCUUGAACCCUGAGCCGGCACCAUGCACGGACGCCUGAAGGUGAAGACGUCAGAAGAGCAGGCGGAGGCCAAAAGGCUAGAACGAGAGCAGAAGCUGAAGCUAUACCAGUCAGCCACCCAGGCCGUAUUCCAGAAGCGCCAGGCUGGUGAGCUGGAUGAGUCCGUGCUGGAACUGACAAGCCAGAUUCUGGGAGCCAACCCUGAUUUUGCCACCCUCUGGAACUGCCGACGAGAGGUGCUCCAGCAGCUGGAGACUCAGAAGUCUCCUGAAGAGUUGGCUGCUCUGGUGAAGGCAGAACUGGGCUUCCUGGAGAGCUGCCUGCGGGUGAACCCCAAGUCUUAUGGUACCUGGCACCACCGAUGCUGGCUGCUAGGCCGCCUGCCUGAGCCCAACUGGACCCGAGAGCUGGAGCUCUGUGCCCGUUUCCUGGAGGUGGAUGAGCGGAACUUUCACUGCUGGGACUAUCGGCGGUUUGUGGCCACACAGGCAGCCGUGCCCCCUGCAGAAGAGCUAGCCUUCACUGACAGCCUCAUCACCCGAAACUUCUCCAACUACUCUUCUUGGCAUUACCGCUCCUGUCUCUUGCCCCAGCUGCACCCCCAGCCGGAUUCUGGACCACAGGGGCGCCUCCCUGAGGAUGUGCUGCUCAAAGAGCUGGAGCUGGUGCAGAAUGCCUUCUUCACUGACCCCAAUGACCAGAGUGCCUGGUUUUAUCACCGUUGGCUCCUAGGCCGAGCUGACCCCCAGGAUGCACUGCGCUGCCUGCAUGUGAGCCGGGACGAGGCCUGUCUGACUGUCUCCUUCUCUCGGCCGCUCCUAGUGGGCUCCAGCACGGAGAUCUUGCUGCUCAUGGUUGAUGAUUCUCCCCUGAUUGUGGAGUGGAGGACCCCAGAUGGCAGGAACCGGCCCAGCCAUGUCUGGCUCUGUGACCUGCCUGCUGCCUCCCUCAACGACCAGUUGCCCCAACAUACAUUUCGCGUCAUUUGGACAGCAGGCGAUGUCCAGAAAGAAUGCGUGCUUUUAAAAGGCCGCCAGGAGGGCUGGUGCCGGGACUCCACGACGGACGAGCAGCUAUUCAGGUGUGAGCUGUCAGUGGAGAAGUCCACAGUGCUGCAGUCUGAGCUGGAAUCCUGUAAGGAGCUGCAGGAGCUGGAGCCUGAGAAUAAAUGGUGCCUGCUUACCAUCAUCCUGCUGAUGCGGGCACUGGACCCCCUGCUGUAUGAGAAGGAGACCCUGCAGUACUUCCAGACCCUCAAGGCCGUGGACCCCAUGCGGGCAGCGUAUCUGGAUGACCUGCGCAGCAAGUUCUUGCUGGAGAAUAGUGUGCUCAAGAUGGAGUAUGCCGAGGUGCGUGUGCUGCACCUGGCUCACAAGGAUCUGACAGUGCUCUGCCAUCUGGAACAGCUGCUCUUGGUCACCCAUCUUGACUUGUCACACAAUCGUCUCCGAACCCUGCCACCUGCACUGGCUGCCCUGCGCUGCCUUGAGGUGCUGCAGGCCAGUGAUAAUGCCAUAGAGUCCCUGGACGGCAUCACCAACCUACCCCGGCUGCAGGAGCUGCUACUGUGCAACAACCGCCUCCAGCAACCUGCAGUGCUCCAGCCUCUUGCCUCCUGCCCCAGGCUGGUCCUCCUCAACCUGCAGGGUAACCCGCUGUGCCAAGCGGUGGGCAUCUUGGAGCAACUGGCUGAACUGCUGCCUUCAGUUAGCAGCGUCCUCACCUAAGAGGCCCUGCCCGCUACCCUUGCCCUUUAACUUAUUGGGACUGAAUAAAGAAUGGAGAAGCCCUCUCAGGCUACCAA